AUGGCCCAGGUUUUGUUCCGUGCCUCACCCUGGUCCUCUGUCUUCUCGUCUGAGGGACCUGACCUGCCAAAGAUCACACCCACCCAGGACCCCCCCCACCCAGGACCCCCCCAGGAUCCCCCCCAGGACCCCCCCAUGACCCCCCACCCAGGACACCCCACCCAGGACACCCCACCGAGGACCCCCACUCAGGACACCCCACCCAGGACACCCCACCCAGGACCCCCACUCAGGACACCCCACCCAGGAACCCCACCCAGGACCCCCCACCCAGGACCCCCCACUCAGGAACCCCCCACUCAGAACCCCCCACCCAGGACCCCCCCACCCAGGACCCCCCACUCAGGACUCCCCACUCAGGACCCCCCCUCCCAGGACCCCACCAGGCAUGUCUGCAUCUUUUCUGACUUCGUCCUCUCAGUGUUCGGCACCUGGGGCAAAGCACACGUCCCUGCCGUGGGAGCAUCGGCCUGUGGCACAGCAGCAGCAGAUUGGCCAGGCAUGGUGCUGUCCACUCUGGGGCUGUGGCCGCUGCUCCUGGCCUGCUGGACCCUCUCUCCCGCUCCUGCUGCAGAGUCCCUGGCCCUGGUGAGGAGCGGAAACCGCUGUGAGGGCCUCCUGCAGGUGCAGUCCCUGGGGCAGCAGGGCCCGGUGUGCGGGGACCACUGGGGCCUGCGGGAGGCGUCUGUGAUUUGCAGGCAGCUGGGCUGCGGUCACGCCCUCUAUGUCCCCACGUAUGUGGUGUGGCCCCAGGAGGCCCAGAAGUCCCUGCUGCGGGGCGUGCAGUGCCGGGGUGUGGAGGCCUCGCUCUGGGAGUGCUCCCGGGGGGAGUGGGGGUCGCUGCACAGCUGCGAGUGUGAGUGCAUCGGCGCAGUUCACUGCUCAGGAGGAAAUCUGGCAUCCUUGGGGCUGAGUGGUGGAGGCAGCCCCUGUGCGGGGACCCCGGAGAUCCGGAUAACCAAAGGCCCUGCGAUAAGGUGCGGCUUGCACCAGAAGGAGGCCAGCGUCUUCUGCAGGAGGCUGGGAUGCGGCCUGGCGCUCCAGGCAUCCAGGCCCUACCUCUCAGGACACCCAGGCUGGCUGGGUUCGAAAAUCGUCUCCUGCCAGGGAACAGAGUUCAGCAUCUUCAACUGCAGAUUCAACCUGAACUUCCUGGACCACUGUGACCUUCCAACAGACUCUGAGGUGGUGUGUGCAGGUAGGGACGCCUGUCCCGAGGAUCUCCGAGACGGGAGGACCCCAGGAAGACAGAAGGGUGGGAGAGGCCUUGGCCUGCACACCCCAGGACCUCUCCUGCCAAGGGCCGGGCCAGCUCAGACUGUCCUUCCCGUGGGACCCGAGGGCAGUGGUCAGGUCACUCUGCCCAGAGGCCUGCACCGAGCCCGUCCUGCCCAGCGCUACAUCCAGCGUCUGCCCCCAGGACACACCGAGGCCCGGCUGGUGGGCGGCGAGCACCCCUGCGCCGGGCGCCUGGAGGUGCGGCGGGGCCUGACCUGGGGCACCGUGUGCGACGCGGACCUGGACCUGGCCACGGCCCACGUGGUGUGCCGGGAGCUGCAGUGCGGGGCGGCGGUGUCCACGCGCGAGGGCGCCCGCUUCGGCCGGGGCUUGGGGCCGGCGUGGACCGAGGCCUUCCGCUGUGCGGGCACCGAGCCGCUGCUGUUCCACUGCCCGCGGGCACGCGGGAGCCCAUGUGGGCCCGGCCACGACGCGGGGCUGCGGUGCGCGGGGGAAAAGUUCAGGCUGGUCAACGGCAGCAGCAGCUGUGAGGGCCGCGUGGAGCUCCAGGUGCAGGGGUCCUGGGCGCCCCUCUGUGCCACCCACUGGGACAUAGCAGACGCCACCGUCCUCUGCCACCAGCUCAACUGUGGCAACGCGGUGGCCGCACCUCGAGGAGGCCAUUUUGGGGGCGGGGACGCUGCCAUCUGGCCUGACGCAUUUCACUGUGAGGGGACAGAGUCCUACUUGUGGAAUUGCCCAGUAAGCACCCUGGGGGCCCCGGCCUGUGGCCCGGGAAACUCGGCCUCCGCAGUGUGCUCAGGUCUCCCCCACGCCCUGCGGCUGAGGGAAGGACAGAGCCGCUGUGACGGCCGCGUGGAGGUCUCCCUGGACGGCGUGUGGGGCCGCGUCCUGGACGACGCCUGGGACCUGCGCGGCGCGGGCGUGGUGUGCCGGCAGCUGGGGUGCGGAGGGGCCCAGAGAGCCUACGACGCGCCCGCCCCCAGCCGCAGGUCCGUCCAGGUGGCGCUGAGCCGCGCACGCUGUGUGGGCACCGAGACCCGCCUGACCCAGUGCAACGUGUCCGCGACGCUGCGGGAGCCCGCGGGGACCUCGCGGGACGCCGGCGUGGUGUGCUCGGGGAGCCUCGGGGUGCGGCUGGCCGCGGGGCCGGGGCGCUGUGCGGGGCGCGUGGAGGUGCUGCGCGGGGGCGCGUGGGGCACCGUGUGUGACGACACCUGGGACCUGCGGGACGCGCACGUGGUCUGCAGGCAGCUGGGCUGUGGCCGCGCCCUGAGCGCCCCGGGGGCCGCGCACUUUGGAGCCGGGGCAGGGCGCAUCUGGCUGGACGAACUGGGCUGCCAGGGCCACGAGUCUGCGCUGUGGCAGUGCCCGUCGGCGGGCUGGGGCCAGCAUGACUGCAGCCACAAGGAGGACGCCGGCGUCUUCUGCUCAGAGUUCACGGAUCUGAGGCUGCAGAGCCACAGGCAGCCAUGCGCAGGGCGGCUGGAAGUUUUCUACAAUGGGACCUGGGGUGGUGUCUGCCGCACCUUGAGUCCGGCCUCCCUGCGGGUCCUGUGUGAGCAGCUGGGUUGUGGGUCUCACGGGCAGCUGCAGGCCGUGGCAGGGAGCCGGUCGGCCACUGAGUUUCUCUGGGUGGCCUCCAUCCAGUGCAGGGACAGACAUGACCAGUCCCUGUGGCAGUGUCCGUCAGCUCCCUGGGACCAGCAUUCAUGCUCCAGCGGAGAGGAAGCCUGGGUCCUGUGCACGGAAAAGGCAGGAGAAGUUCCUCAGGACCCUGGGGAGACCCUCAACUGCUCCUCCUCGCUCAGCUGCCCAGAGGAGGGCGCAGUGCGUUUGCGAGGGGGCCAGGACCGCUGCUCUGGGCGCGUGGAGCUCUGGCACGCGGGCUCUUGGGGCACCGUGUGCGACGACGCCUGGGACCUGGCGGAUGCGGAGGUGGUGUGCCGCCAGCUGGGCUGUGGUCCCGCCGUCGCCGCCCUGGGGGCCGCCGCCUUUGGCCCUGGCUCCGGGCCGGUGUGGCUGGACGAGGUGGGCUGCCGGGGCAGCGAGGGGUCCCUGUGGGACUGCGCUGCGGAGCGGUGGGGACGCGGAGACUGUGCGCACAAGGAGGAUGCGGGCGUGCGCUGCAUGGAACCUGGCCCAGGCUCCCCACCGCCUGGAGCACCCUGCUGGACACUCCAGGCUGUCAGUGUCACCCUGGGAGCCCUUCUUGGUCCUCUCCUUCUGGGCCUCUUGGCCUUUCUGAUUCUACCUCGAGUCACACAAGUCAUGCAGAGGGGUCUGGGAAGAUCCGAGGAAUCUCCUGGAGAAGCCAUCUAUGAUGUCAUUGGGGAAAUGCCAUCAGCAGGACUGUAUGAGGAAAUCGUGGAGGCUGAGGCCAUGCCCCAAGGGGAGGUGUCUAACCUCCUGGAGGGACAGUCUACACGUGAGGAGGGAGGAGGCAGCAGACCUCUUUCUCAUGGAUAUGACGAGGCUGCCUUUCCGCUGGAGGAGAUGACACCGUGAAGCACCUGAGGGUGAGGUACACCAGCUGGUCGUCAAAAUCACAGUUCUUCAUUGUCUUCUACAAUUGUAGCGGAUUUCGUGAGAACAUCAUGGGUGCCUUUCUCUUGCUGUGUCCCCCACAUCCGUAUAAAAUUCCAUCCUUCCAGGCCCUGCCUGGCUCUAGCCCCCUGUCCCCUUCGAGCGCCAUCGCUGUGGACAGUCGUGCUGUGUAACCUUCAUAUUUCCCACGCAUUACAGCAAAUGCAAAUGUGUAUGGAAAUCAGUGGUUGUGUUCGUGGUUUAGAGCCACAUGGUGCCGUGUUCAUCUUCUGCUCCACAGCUCGCUCCUGCUGCCCAGAAGUGUGUUGGCGAGCUCCCAAGCCAGAACCUUCUUCUUUCUUCUUAAUCGAAUCCAGAGUACCUUUUAGAUGUCCUACUUGUGCAGUCGCCGUGGAUAUUCAGAUUUGUCCUCACCUUCCAACCGGUGUCCCUUUAAUUUCUCUUUCUGUGCCUUCUUUCGUGGGCUGUGACUUUUGUCCCGUGUUGAACAGAGGUGGCCUUGUCUCAUUCAUGGACUCAAAGCAAACCUGCUCCAUGUUUCAUUUAACUAUUAAAUAUAAUAUUUGAUGCUUGGUUUUGUAGAUGCUAUUUAUCAGAUCAAGGAAAACCCAGCCUAUCCCUAGUCUGUUAAGGGUUUUACUUUUUAUCAUAAGUGUUGACUUUUAUCAAAUUCUUUUUUGCAUCUAUUAAGAUGAUAUAUGAUUGAUUUCAUAUGUUAAAUUAACCUUGGGUUAAACAAAUCUAACUUUGUCAUGAUAUAUUAUUCUUUUUAUAUUUCACAGGAAUUAGUUUGGUAAUAUGUUGGGUCACUGUUUAAAACAGAAAUUGAUAUCAUUUUUUUCUUUUGUUGUAAUAUUUUUGUUUAAUUUUUGGUAUGAAGAUUAUUCAGGUCUCAUAAGAGUUAGAACGUAUUCUCUCUUUAAAAAAAUAUUUGCUCAUUUAUACUCCCACAACAGUGUAAAAGCAUUUCUAUUUCUCCACAUCCUCUCCAGCAUCUGCUGUCUCCAGAUUUUUUAAUGAUCGCCAUUCUAACUGGCAUGAGAUGGUAUCUCAUUGUGGUUUUGAUUUGCAUUUCUCUAGUGACCAGUGAUGAGCUUUUUUUCAUGUUUUUUGGCCACAUAAAUGUCUUCUUUUGAGAAGUGUCUGUUCAUAUCUUUCACCCACUUUUUGAUGGGGUUGUUUGCCUUUUUCUUGUAAAUUUGUUUAAGUUCCUUGUAGAUUCUGGUUAUUAGCCCUUUGUCAGAUGGAUAGAUUGAAAAAAUUUUCUCCCAUUCUGUAGGUGGCCUGUUCAUUCUGAUUACCCAUUAAUGAUAGACUGGAUAGAGAAAGUCUGGCACAUAUACACCAUGGAAUACUAUGCAGCCAUAAAAAGGAUGAGUUCAUCAUGUCCUUUGCAGGGACAUGGAUGAAGCUGGAAAUCAUCAUUCUCAGCAAACUAACAUAGGAACAGAAAACCAAACACUGCAUGUUCUCACUCAUAAGUGGGAGUCAAACAGUGAGAACACAUGGACACAGGGAGGGGAACAUCACAC